GAGCCCCGUGCGUCUGUGCGCGCGCGUCGUGGAGGCCCCAGCAGCCUGGAGCGGCCGCCGCGGCAAGUCCACACCCCGGAUACCACGCUCCUUCCCCCGGCUCGUAUAUAAAGCUAGCAGGACCGACGGGCCGUCACCGGUUGUUCAUUGUUCUUGUUGAUGGUGAGACUCUGCGAGAGAAGGAUGAAGUUCCUUGUGGCCGUUACUCUCAUUGUGGGAUCCCUGAUUUUUCUCGCUUUCCCAAAUGGCUCCGCCGCUGACGAGAAGAAGAAAGGCCCCAAAGUGACUGCGAAGGUUUUCUUUGACAUGAAAGUUGGAGAUGAAGAGGUUGGGAGAAUCGUCAUCGGGGUGUUUGGGAAAACCGUUCCCAAAACAGCCGACAACUUCAUCGCUCUGGCGACGGGAGAGAAAGGAUUCGGUUACAAGGGCAGCAAAUUCCACCGAGUCAUCAAGGACUUCAUGAUUCAGGGUGGAGACUUCACCAAAGGAGACGGCACUGGAGGCAAGAGCAUCUACGGAGACCGUUUCCCCGACGAGAACUUCAAGCUGAAGCACUACGCUCCUGGCUGGCUCAGCAUGGCGAACGCCGGCAAAGACACCAACGGCUCCCAGUUCUUCAUCACCACCAUUAAGACGCCGUGGCUCGACGGCAAACACGUCGUCUUUGGGAAAAUUCUGGAGGGGAUGGAUGUGGUGGAGAAGAUCGAAGCCACAAAGACUGAUGGACGCGAUAAGCCUCUUAAAGACGUCAUGAUCCACGAUUGCGGUGUAAUCGAGGUGGAGAAGCCAUUCGCGGUGCCGAAGGAGUAGUGGGAGUGCUGUUUGGGGGGGGAGACCAAGGAGAACAGGACUGAGGGGGGGAGGGGGGGAUGGUACAGGCCACCUUGUUUUAGCCCUGUGGUCCCGGUGAAAGGGCUUGUGGGUCAGCGGCUGCCAUUUGAAAAGCACCAUCAUGACGACACUCUGGGUCCAUUUACCAACGAGCAUUCCAAGGGUGCACUUCACUGUUUGUUGUUGUUUUUUUGUAAAAAAAGAAAUAAUGAAAGAUCUGAAAUAAAGGUUUCAAUUUUUUGUUAAA